AUGGGUUGUCUCUUUGGCAAGAAAUAAUUAGUUAAUCAGGAAAGUGAGAUUAGUUAGGAUAUUUCAAUAAAGCUGGACUCAAGUGCAUUCAACAUGCAGAAUGAAUUGAAAUUCUUAGGUUACCCGUAUUAUUCUACAUUGACAAAAAAGUUGAACGAGAUUGUUCAUUCGAAAAUAGCAGAAUGGUCACAAUAUGAGAAUGAACUUAAUGAUCACAAAAAUAAAUUCUAAAAAUAUAUCCAAUUGAUGGAUGCCAUUAUGGAGGAUUAAGAGGAAAAUUGA